AUGUGUAUAAGGGUUGAGAUGUUCCAAUCAUACAUCAUAGCUAAAGGAAAGCUUAAGAUAUUCAAUAUAUCAAGCCAAAUGAACUACGCUACCCUCAUUAAAGACCAUAUCCUGACUGGACCCAACUAUAUUGACUGGAGGAGGAACAUUAAAUUGCUCCUAUCUGCAGAAGGUCCAAUUUCUGUCAUAGAAGACGAAGAACCUUCAUUCCCUGAGAUUAUGGAUGGCGAGGGGAAAGCUGCUUAUGAGUUGUUUCGACAAAACAAUUCUAAGGCCAAGCUCCUUGUUUCAAAUUCAAUAGGCAAGACCAUUAAGUAUUCUGUAAAAGAUCUAAGUUUUGCUAAAGACAUAUUGGAGGAGUUGGAAAAGCUAUAUGCUAGGCAAAACAGACAUGCACAUUAUUAG